GCGCAGCGAGCGCUGGUGGCGAAGAGGUGUGUGACAGCGCAUAUGCGUGCUGCUAGCGGCCGCAUCUACAGUCGGACUACUUGCUGCGCGCCGAGUGUCAACGAAACGUCACACGCACUGCGGGAGCGCGCGAUUCUCCUCUGCUGCCAACCUCCUCUUUUACCGUCUGUGGGUCCUGUGCCAUGCUAAAGCUGUAUACUGAGUGAAGAGGCCAGCAGCUCGGCGCGCCCAGUACGACUGCUCCUGGUCCAGAUGGCUGUUUGGCACACAGGAGGCGGGCCGCUUUGACAGCGCCAUGGCCAGGAUGCGCUGGCUGUGGCUGUUGGCGGCAGCGGUGGCGGCCGCGCCUUCUCCUUCGCCCUCGCCGUCGCCUCCCCCGGAGCCGGAGGCGCAGUCGUGGCGGUGCCCGGCGGUGGGCGGCGGCGUGGCGUGCGCGUGCGACCUGCCGCACACGCUGCGGUGCGCGGGCGGCGCGGGCGCGCUGCGGGCCGUGGGCUCCGCGUUGCGCGGGCUGCCGCCGCCGCGCGCCGUGUCGCUGCUGGAGGUGUCUGCGCGCGGGCUGCCCGCGCUCGACGCGCCGCCGCUGGCGGGCGUGCUGCUCCACGGGCUGGUCGUGUCGUCGGGCGCGCUGCGGCGCGUGUCGGCGCGCGCCUUCGCCGGGCUGGCGGGCCCGCUGCAGGCGCUCGGCCUGCCCGACAACCGGCUCGACGCCGUGCCCGCAGCCGCGCUCGCCGCCCUGCCCGCGCUGCAGCGCCUCGACCUCUCGCGCAACCUGCUGCAGCGCAUCGACGACCGCGCGCUCCAGGAGCUACCUGAGCUGACGUUCCUAGACGUGAGCGACAACCGGCUGACGGAGCUGUCCGCGGACGCGUUCAGCGGGCUGCCCGCGCUGCGCACGCUGCGGCUGCGCGGCAACCGGCUGCACGCGGUCAGCCACGUGCGCGGCCUGGCCGCGCUGCGCGAGCUCGACCUGUCGGCGAACGCGCUGGCGGGGCCGCUGGGCCCGCGCACGUUGCCGCGCGGGCUCGCCAAGCUGCACGCGCUCGACCUCUCGCACAACCAGCUCACCAGCGUGCGGCGGGGCGCGCUAGCAGGGCUGGAGUCGCUGCGGACGCUGUCGCUGGAGCACAACCACAUCGACGUUCUGGAGGACGAGGCGCUGGGCGCGCCGCAGCUGCAGCGGCUGGUGCUGGCGCACAACCGCAUCGUGGCCGUGUCGGGCGCGUCCCUCGCGCGGCUGGGCGCGCUCGCGCACCUCGACCUGGCGCACAACUUCCUGCGCGCGCUCGCCGCAGACCUGGUCGCCCCACUGCCCGCGCUCCGGGAGCUGCGCCUCGACGACAACGACAUCUCCAUGGUGGCCGGCGCCGCUCUCCAGCGGGCUGCACCGCUCCUCAGCCGCCUCACACUCACCGACAACCCACUGAACUGCGACUGCAGCCUGACGGAGUUCGCGUCGUGGCUGCGCAACGCGUCCGAGUCUCGGCGGCUGUCGGCGGCGGACGUGGCCACCGCCAUCUGCGCGACGCCGCCCUCGCUGGAGAACGGCGCGCUAGCCGAGGUGGCGCCCGACGAGCUGGUGUGCGGCGAGGAACUGCCGCCGGCCGACGACGAGGUGGGCGACGAGAUCGGCGACGGGGACGGCGACGAGGCGGGCGCGGGCGCGCAGCUGCAGCUGCCCGACAGCGAGGCGACGGCGGCGCUGCGCGCGUUCCGCUACGACGCGGCCGCGGACGCGGUGUGGCUGCAGUGGUCGGUGCGCGGCGCGGGCGCCUACUCGUGCCACUCGCUGGUCGUGUACGAGGAGCGCGGCGCGCGCGAGGUGCUGCUGGAGAACGUGCGCCUCGACUGCAACUCGUCGCAGGUGGGCGACCCGGCGGCGCUGCCGCUGCGGCUGGCGGGGCUGGGCCUGCAGCGCGGCCGCACCUACCGCUACUGCCUGCUGCUGCUGCGCGGGGGCGGCGCGCGCUCCGACGAGCUGCUGCUCGAGUGGGGCUGCAGCGACGCCAUCCCGCUGGCCGCCGACGGCGCGCCGGCGCGCCCGCUGCCGGGGCUCACCGCGCUGCACGCCGACGUCGCCUCCGACGGGGUCCUCACUGCCACCGCCACUCUCCUCGAGGUCCCUGUGGCUGCCCCCUGCACGUUGACUAUCGCCGUGUACCGCGGCAAGGCGCGCGAGCGCAGCCAGCACGUCAACUGUUCCUACCCGGAGGCGUCGUUCCGAGGCCUGCAGCUGGACGGAGCCGGCCAGCUGCGGCUGUGCGCCAUUGUCGACGCCCCGGCUCCCCAGCCCGAAGACGACACGCUGUGCGUCCCGGUGCGCCACCAGCAGCCACAGUCCAACCACAGCGACCCGCCCCAGCCGGUAGGCGCCGGGGUGGUCGCGGCGUUGGCGGCCGCCAGCGCGACGGUCAUCCUGGUGGCGCUGCUGUACGUCGCUUCCCGCGUCGUCUUCGGCAGGACUCACAUGGCCGCCGCGCACCAGUACUUCCUCACUGGCCAGCAGGACGACGAGCGGCCGCCGCAGUACGUCAAGCUGCAGGCCACCACCAAGCUGUGAGGCUUCCGCAGGACGGACGGUCCACUUGUGCCGUUCCCCGAGCGUUGCUCUGCACAACUAGGAUAAAAUUUGCCAUCGGCCUUGAUCGAGAAUCUAGAUAACUCCAGUCACUUAUAUUUCGAAAUCUAGGUUUCACGAGGGGACCUUAUGGAUUUUCUUCGUGCUGGUCGAGCUGGCAAUGGCUCGCCCUUGCUUCUGCGAGAUAAAGGACUCACUCGUGGCAUUUCCCUGUGCAAUCAGAGUGAAAUACUCUCAACUUUCAUCGAGAAUCUACAUAGCGCCAAGGCCAAAUGUUCUCAAUCCUACGUUAGACAAUGAGACCUCUUGGGCUCAGCUCUUUUCAAUUUUCUUCGUACUUAUAGGACAUGUAUGUCAGUCUCGAGACAUUAAUUUCGUAAAAUAGUACAACACACCUCUCAAGAACACCAGAGCAAUAGACUAUGAAGACUUCCGAGCCCAUUUUAGCAUAACAAACUUCAAAAAUAUGACAAAACCAUCCGGAGCUGCGCUAAUCCUUUCAGACCCUUUCGCUACAAUUGUGUACAUUAACGUUUGCUGUGUAUUAGCUGCACAACUGCUGCCACCUGUUGUGCAUAACUAUAAAAGUAUCAACAAUUGAAUGUGGCAGUAAGCAGCAGCUUACGGCCGCAUGAAUACACACAAGUGGUCGGUUAGUUCUAUUCCGCUCUGUAAUUCAAUAUUAUUAUUGUUAUUUUGCAUGGUAAUUAUUGCAUGAUCAGAUUAUUUAUUACAACAGUGAACAUUUCAAAAUUAAUUAUUUUACUCCAUAAAAGAAGCCAAGUGCACAAAGUGUGUUCUGAAUAUGGGUAGAUAUAUAUGUAUAAAUUUUGCAUCUGAAGUCACCUAAGAGCAUUAGAGUACAAAGAAAAAUUUUCCUUUCUCUGUAAAAAAUUCUGGUCUGAAAGGGUCAUUGGCUUACUAGUCUUGUAACUUUGAGAUUGCUGGUUUGAGCCUCAUUAGAUACAACUUAUAAUUUUUUCCUCGCUUAAAUAUUUAUUGUGACAGUUUCUGUUGUAAAUAGUCAUACUUGAUAAUGGUAGUUUCUAUCAUAUUUAAUGGUCAUCUUCGAGUGUAAAAAUUAAAUGAAUUAAAACAUUAAUAAAUAACUAUUUCCAGAGAUUGCAUACAGUCAAAUUAAUUAUACUUUAAAAAUUAUUAAAAUUUUGAUUGAAUAAACACACAAUACAGAUUGACAGUAUUUAAAAUUUAAGAUUCUCAAAAUUGUACCUGAUUAAUCACAAGAUGUGAGAAAUUAAAAUUCUCUAAAAAGAAUAUCGACAUCAGCUGUAACAGAAAGGAACAGCACUGAAUUAUACUUGUGACAACAUAUCAUGAUCACAAGCAUUUAAAUGAAUCGACUUUGCAUCACACAGACCCACACUUUGUGGAUGAUGGAUAAGAGAGGGAGGAAAAUGGGAGAUAGAAGGAAAAGCACAUAUGUUGUGUGGUAUUAAAAUUUAAAAUAAAUAUUGCCUAAAAGACGUAAGACAAUUAAUUUAUGACUAAUGAACAAUACAGAUAAUGUGGUAAAUUUCAAGACUAUUUAAAGCUUAAAAAUUUUCAAUUUAUGACCUGUAGUAACAGUUGUUUAUUAUUGUUUUAUUUCAUUUUAUUUUUAGAUCUGAAGAUGACCUUUAAAUGUGAUCAAAACCAGUUACCUAGUAUAGCUGUUUGCAACUGAGAGUGCUAUAAUAAAUAUUUUAAAAAUUUUUAACAGUUGUGGAAUCUCUUUUGACAAUCACCCAUUAUUUUCUGAGUGUAUUUAAAUUUUUAUUUAUUGUGAAAUUUAAACAUUAAUUAAUAAAUACUGAAUCAUAAAUUGACAGUAAAGUCUCGUCUUUUAUUUUUAAUUAGUAAUUGUAUGAAAAUGUGGAUGCCUUGUUGUUAAAUGAAAAUGUUGUAUACAUUAGUAACAGUGUUCUUUUAUUAUAAUUGCAUUUAUUUGUUGCCUCUAGAAACAAGAGUAUAUUAUUUUCUAUUUGAUGUUUCAGAUUUCUUUAUCAAAUUUUAAUAUAUCAUGAAUACUCACUUUUUCAUGCUGUUAGUAAUUAAAAAUAAAUAUUUUAUUAAUAUGUAUGAUUCAGUAUAUGUUAAUUAAUAUUUCCAUUUGGUAACAAAUUUAGUUAGCAAAUUACAAUAAGUUGUGUCUAACAUGAAUCAAAGCAGCAACCACUCAAGCUGCAGAUAGCUCUGUCAAGAUGUUCAAAAUUUGUUUUACUUAAUUGGGCAUAGAAAUCAAAUUUGAUUUUCUUUCAAGUGUUCUUAAGAGGUGAAAUGUACUAUUUUAGGAAACUGAUGUCUAGACAUUGAACUUGAAAUCCUAUAAAAUGAAGAAAAUCAAAUAGGGUAGAGCAGCCCAAGGGGUGCCCUUGUGAAACCUAGGUUCCCACCGUCAUACAAAGGCAAGUGUCGAUGUCAUGGCCAGCAACGAAUUACGAACUCUUGUAGGAUUCCUCCAUAGUGAAUUCAGCAGAGUCAAGACAGAAACGAUGACCUUUCAUGUAGAAAUAUUCAGCUUUAAUAAGUUCUCUUGUCUGUUUAAAACAACACACAUGUGGAACUAAUAAGCCUGUGAAAGUUCUUUUGUUUUGUUAACAGAGCACUCAGGUCGAACUGCCUAUCAAAAAGUAAAUUUGUUGUCUUAAAAGGGAUGCCACAACAUCGAACACGUUUUCAGUCUCUUAUCCGUAAUCCAUGUGAUACAAUGUGCCUUUCUCCUUCUCAAGUCCAGAAGCCGAAAAGAAAUUGUAUACUGCUAUAAUAUAAAAUAAGUGCAGCUGAAAUAUCUGAUGGCCUAUUGUUUGAGGAGAUGUAUGAAGCACGUCCAGAAUGCUACCAGCGCUUCUAUAGUGUGGAUCAAUAGAUUCUGAGGGAAGGUCCCAGGCAUGCAUGGUAUCCUGUCGUGGGAUACAAUAUGUAGGAAUACGAGUGUAAAGUUCACAAAUAUUCGUGUGAAGUAAGCCAUAGAGCUACUUGUUUUACUGUAUAGAGGCCAUACCGCCAGUAGUACCUCAUGGAUGUGCAGGACGCUGUCAUCUAAAGGCGAUAUUGCAACCAUAAAGUGUUUCAGCUUGCAGCAUCACUUAACACUGGCGGUUGCCUUUAUAUUGUUGUGAUUUAUUUAUUGUUGACACAUACUAUUGCCGAGUAACUGUCCUAAGGAGGUUUAAUGCUUCAGGCAGUCUGUGGUGUGCAUACUGUUUUCAGUGUAAAGAGAAAAAAGAAAGAAAGUUGUACACAUGUAACUUGCUAAUUUGUGAAUUUUGUAUAAUGACUGUGAUUUUUUUAAUGAGUGAAAUUGGUGAAGCCUAAAAGUUGUACAUAACAGUAAUUCUAUUGUAUAUAGUGAAGUGCUGAAAGUCUGAUGCUAAAGCAUGUUGUGUCGAGAAAUUAACCUGUGUUCUGUUGCAGUGUUUUCAAGCAUUUCAUCUUUCCACAUAUUACACUUGCUUCACUGUAAGUAAUGAUGAUUGUGUAAAAUGUUACAAUAUGUGAAUGUGUGUAUAAUGUGAUGUAUUUCAUGUUUUGCAAGAUGUAAGCUUUAUCUAUUUUCAUAUGUUAUACACCAUAAUUAAAUUUCUCCAAGAACUUC